AUGGCUUACAUUUGUUUGCUUAGAUUCAACUUCUAUCAUGCUUUUAAUGGGUGCGUAUGGACAAAGGAUGGUUCAGCAUCGAGAACAAGGCCUAUGAAAGCGAAUCUAGUUGCUUCUGUUCUUAAUGAAAUGACAAACAACAUGAAAUAUUUUUAUGUUUAUUUUCCUUCGACGAGUCUUCUGCUUUACAUUUCACCGUCCCAAAGAUCGUUAGAAUUUUCAUCAACUUUGAAGCUUGGGAAUCCAUUCAAUCAAAUGCUCCUCGUGGACGACAAUCAAUAUUCUCGAAGGUUUUAA